GUAUCAGUUUAAAGUGGCGCAGUACAUUCCAGGACACGCAUUUAAGAACUCCGGUCCAAGAGCAGAGCAAGACCAUAGUAAAGUUUUCAAAACUUUUUCAUAGACUAAGCGAUAAUUACUCAAGGCGCAGCAGAAGUUUCACCACCGGUCCAAAGAAGAAACCACACAGAUAAUCAUGCCAGGUGAGCGACUGACCGUGAGAGCCACAUCAGAGAUUGGGCGUUUCCCUGGAGCAGCGCCCCCCACCAGGGUAGAGCUGACCAUUCACAAGAAUGGAGAGAAGAAGCAGGAGGAGGGAGGCUGCCGUCGCUGGUUCAGGAAGAUGUGCCCGUGCUGCUGUAAGCGCCAGAAUAGCACUUCUCGUGACAUUACAGAUAAGGUAGAAUUGUCCAAAAUCCUGACCCCUGACCCUGACCCUGCCCCGGCCCCGGUCCCAGAGCCCACUGAGAAUGGAGAGGCAAAGGAAAUGGAAGAAAUUAAACUGUCGGUGAGUUCGGUGGACCUUCUGAGCUCCAAGACGGGUCAGAAUCGACGGGAGCAUCACACUGACAUGUAUCAUGGCGAUGAGUUGAUCAUCCGUAGAGGACAGACCUUCCAGAUGGAGCUGGAGCUAAACAGACCAUUCAAUGCUGACACCGAUAAGCUGCACCUGGACCUAAAAACUGGACCCUUGCCUUUGGUGUCUAAAGGCACCCACGCCAUCAUUCCACUAGUGGAGCACCUGGAGGAUGAAUGUUGGGAGGCAAAGAUCACAGAGCAGAACGGCAACAAGAUCAAGCUGUCCGUCAACUCUCCGGCUGAUGCUGUGAUUGGGCUCUAUGGGCUCACCGUGACAACUUGCACUCUGAAAGGCGGGGCUGCAACUACUCACAACUCCGGCAAGACUGUCACCAUGCUCUUCAACCCCUGGUGUGAAGAGGACACCGUGUUCCUGGAUGACGAGGAAGAGAGGAAGGAGUAUGUGCUGAAUGACACUGGGAGGAUUUACUACGGCACUGAGAAACAGAUCGGUGCCCGUACAUGGAACUUUGGGCAGUUUCAUGAAGGAGUACUGGAUGCGUGUCUAUUCAUCCUUGAGAAAAGUGACAUGCCUCCGUCUGGUCGAGGCGAUCCCAUCAAUGUGGUCAGAGUCAUAUCUGCUAUGAUAAACGCUCAGGAUGACUUUGGUGUCUUGGUUGGGAACUGGUCAGGGAACUACUCUGAUGGAGUGUCUCCUGCCGCAUGGAGCAGCAGCGUGGAAAUCCUGAGGAAAUACCACUCCUCCAAUGGAACGCCCGUGUCCUACGGACAGUGCUGGGUCUUCUCUGGGGUCACUACAACAGUGCUGCGCUGUCUUGGUAUACCUGCUCGCAGUGUGACCAACUUCCAGUCUGCCCAUGAUACUGAUGUAUCCCUCACAACAGAUGUGUAUUUUGAUGAGAGUAUGGAGCCGAUCGACGUCCUCAACAAUGACUCUGUCUGGAAUUUCCACGUAUGGAACGACUGCUGGAUGGCCAGACCAGACCUGCCUCCUGGAAACGGGGGCUGGCAGGCCGUCGACUCCACUCCUCAGGAGACAAGCCAGGGCACCUUCCGCUGUGGCCCUGCCUCUGUCAACGCCAUCCGCUCUGGCCAAGUUUACCUCAAACACGACACGCCUUUUGUCUUUGCUGAGGUCAAUAGUGAUAAAAUUUACUGGCAGAGGAACUUUGAUGGUACCUUCAGCCAGAUCCACAGUGAGAAGAAAGCUGUUGGCCACUGCAUAAGCACCAAAGCAGUGGGGUCAGACAAGAGGGAAGACAUCACACACCUCUACAAACAUCCAGAAGGUUCGGAGGAAGAGCGCAUCGCUGUGGAGACUGCUAGUCGCUAUGGCAGCAAGCCAGAUGUUUACUCCACACCUGCAGCAGAGGAUGUGUGUGUGGAGGUGAAGAUGGAGGGUGAGGGCCCCACGAUGGGAGCCGAUGCUCAGCUGAGUAUUGUGGUGAAGAACCUGAGUUCGCAGCCCCGCCGGACAACGCUGCACAGCCAGGUGGCUGUCAUGUAUUACACUGGUGUGCUGAAGAACGCCAUCAAGAAGGACGAGAUGCAUGUGGAGCUUUUGCCCAAUGAAGAGAAGACCAUUGAGUGGGUCCUGCCUUAUCAGCAGUACCAGAACCAGUUGGUGGACCAGGCAGCUCUGAUGCUGACCCUGGCUGGAAGAGUCACUGAGACCAAGCAGGUGUUGGCCAACCAGACGACUUUCAGGCUCCGUACACCUGACCUCAUCAUCGCGCCUGUGGGAGAAGCUGUGGUUGGUAAGGAGAUGGCAGCCAAGAUUACCUUCACCAACCCCCUGCCUCGCACACUGAAGGACGUGGUGUUCAGAGUGGAGGGCCUGGGCCUUCAGAAGGGCCAUGAAGUGGUUAUAGGUGAUGUCGGCAGUCACUCCACAGUGACAGUGACAGAGCACUUCAUCCCCAUUCAACCCGGGACCAGGAAGCUGGUGGCCUCCCUCGACUGUAAACAGCUCACACAAGUGCAUGGAGUGGCUGACAUUGUUGUUCUUGAAAAAUAGGAGUGCUGCAACUAUAGCAAUUACUUUCUCUUAUAUAAAGUGUGCCACGUACCUUAAACUGUCUCAGUUAGGUGAAAUCUUUGAUAAUCUAAAACUAUGAAUAGACAACUGUAGCAUAAUCAGUAUUAUUAUUUUUUUAACUUUAAAUAAUAUCUGUUGAAACAUCAGCCUUGCUGUGGAGAAGUGUGCGACAGUAUUUAGGAAAAACCAAGAGCUUUAGUGUUACCAAGUAUUUGUGUCCUGAACACAUAAAGCUGUCGUAUUAAAAUAUUAUAAAAUAUUUCAAGACACUGAACAAAGCACGUGAAGGUUCAGAAAGUCCAACCAUUUUGUGUAAAUACAAUAUAUUCUUAUGGCUCGUCAUAAUGUGAAAAGUAUUCAGACAACAUGAAGCUCACAUGGCUCAAAUGAAGGGAGGCUGUGGAAUGAAUGGGAAAGGGAAAGAUCUGAAGUUGAAGUUGGUGCUGACAUUUUUUUUAAAAAAAGGGAUACAUUAGGGGUUUUUAUUUCCUGUUCUUCAUUUAUGGUGUAUUUCAUACCAAUUGAACACACAUAUUAAAAUAGGAAAGUCCCCUGCGCCUCCUUUAUUUUAAAAAGCAACUAAUUAGCACUCAUUAAGAAUGAAAUGUUACUUUCAAAUGCAAAGUGUUCCUCUCUGGAUGAUGCUUUGUAUUUCUGGUGUGUGUUUUACCUUAAUUUGUAUGUACUCACACUGUCAUCGGCCCUGCUGUCUACUGCAGUAAACAUGUAAAUCUGAACAGACCUCAGUGGCCUUAAGUCACCUCAGCUUUAACAUUGUCUAGUUUCUUUACCUUCAGCACUCAAAGUACAAUGUGAAGGAAACUAUGUUAAUAACCUUAUACUAUUUAUCUACCUAUAUCAUUUAUUUUAUUUUUUUGUUAUCAUCUAUGCUGUAUCAAUAAUAAAACUAAAACAAU